AUGAUCCAACACUUUUCUCGCUUUGUCAAAUCGGGCGCUGGUCUUGAAAAGACCCUUCGUCUGAUCCAAUGCGUGUCGCAGGUGGUCGCAGCACUCACCGUGAGCAAUGUCCUGGCCGUGCAAUUGACCACGGUCAAGCUGCAAUUGGCACUGACGCGGAGAUAUUUCCGCUUCUUUGGGUUCAUUGACUCCUUCCAGCGGAUGUUGGCGUUGCUGGGCAAGGAUGGCUUCGGUUCUGUGGCUGGACUGCUUGAACUAGCCAAAUGCACUUGCUUUGGCCUAUACUUUGUCCUGGAAGACCUGACCACGCUUCAUGCAAUGGGCGUCUACGCAGUGACCUGGAAUGAUCCUGUCAUGAACCAAGCCAAUACGUUUUGGUUAUAUGCGCUCUCUUUCUCUGUUGCAGAAGCCAUUUGGGCACUGCUUGUCAGUCCCGCGGAGCAGCCUUCUAAGAAGAAUGGCAAGAGAAAGAACCGGAAGAUCGCUUCCGAGAAGACCCCGGUAAAAUCAACUGUUACCUCUGCCCGGGUCAAGCAGAUCGUGGUAGAUGGCUGUGAUUUGCUCAUCCCGUUGGAGCUUUUGGGCUGGAUGCCCACCGGGGACGUGGUGGUUGGAUCGACCAUGGUUUUGAGUACACUGCUGACGGCUCAAGAGGUUUGGGCCCGAGUGUGA